AUGUCCACGACACCAGCCGGAGCGCCCCCUUCCUCUGCUGCCUCAUUUACUCCUGCAGGACUUCCACCAUCCUCAGUGUCUGGAAGCUCACAGCCAGGUACACGGCGUGCUUUGAACUUUUCCGACAGCCGAUUCGACCAGUCAACCAAUUCAUAUACAGACAAUGACCUUUUAUCCUUCUCUACUACCUCGUCCAAUUUCCCGAGGGAGCUGGAUUCUCCUUCAUCCAGCUAUCUGUCACAACGACCACCACCUCACAAUAAUCUCAGAUCUAUAUUCCACAAGAAUAAAGGGACCAGAGGGCCAUUCGAUUCAAAUAGACAUAUACCACUAUCUCAAGAUAACGAACCUGGUACUACGGAUAACCGAGAACCUGAAGAUAAUGGAAUAGGAUGGUCACCAAGUAAAGAUGGUGGCUCGUUCAACAACUCUCUUUUUCCACCAGCCGCUAAAAGUCAACCAUCCCGGCUCCUGCGAAAACCGUUGAUAUACUCGAAUCCGACUGGUGCAAAGCGCGCAAAACUUGAUGAAAGCUGGAUACAGUCUGCACCUCCAGGCAACGACCAGCCACCAAAACAAAAGAAGGACUCUAAUUUUCCGUCAAUCGUUAAGGAUCUUGCCUCUAGAGCGAGUCUGGCUUCGGUUGAUGAGCCGAGUGAGCUGCUGUUAGGAAUGGAGGACGCUAUAUGUCGCAUGUACGAUCAAGUCCGCGAUCGUAAUUCCGAUGAUGACAUUGUCGACUCAAGCCUUUCCGCUGUGUCUGAUGAGCUUUCGUCUUUGUGGCAGAGGUAUUCACCAAAUAUGAUGGAAGAAAAAGAUGGUGUUCCUCGUAGCGGAGGAAUUGGGCCUGGAGAGUCGUCACCAGCUAUCAUGAAAGCUGUAUUCUUAAGCUCAUUGCUACUACAAAUUCACCACCCUCCACUACUCGAGCCCACCCUCAAGGAUUCUAAAUCAUCUCGCAGCAUGUUUCGCGACCUAGUGAUGAGAGAUGAGCCCUUGCCAAAGGUCCCCAUACCCAAGGUCCUAUUUCAAUGGCUAUGGAGGCACCACGACCUGGAGACCGUCCAUUUAAAUAUGCUGCAAGAUAUCCAACCUAAUCCCACUGCCUCGCCUAUGUUCUGGAAGUUCAUCCUCAAGUCCGUAAUGCGUUCUAAGUUUGAUAAUGUGACAACACUCCUAAGCGAGGCAGACUUUAGUUAUGCUAGGACUGCUAUGGAAGAUGGAUAUGAGCAGCCGGGGUACCAUGGUUCGCAGCUACAAAAUAUCCAACAAUGCGUGAACAAAGUCCUCCAGCUUCUUAAAACAUGUCCGGCAGUUCAAUGCGACGACUGGGAUAUCAAAGGAGUAGAAUGGACCAUGUUCAGGAAACAAGUGAACGCUGCGAUGCUGGAUCUAGAAGAUAUGGCUGAGAGUGGCCAAGCGCAAUCUCCCGACGAUGACGAAAGGCCAUUCGUCGCUCCGCAUUUCGGCAUCUCACUUCAACGUCCUGACUCUAUGUCAUUUAGUCACAGUGCUCGCAUGGCAGAGAGCCGAAUACCAUGGUCCGUAUACCAAAACAUCAAAGCUAUGUAUAGUAUUCUGUGUGGUGAUGCGGAAAGCAUUUUAGAUCACUCCGAGGAUUGGGUAGAAGCCACUAUUGCUCUCACUGCGUGGUGGGAUGGCGAUGAUGAUAGCGAUAUUUUGGUGGGCGCAAAGAGGAAAGGUUCAACGAAGCGCCGCUCUCAGGCACCUCGGGCAGUUGAUUCAAACACCGAGGAGUCAUACCUACGACGUCUUGACUAUGCAUACAGCUCAGUAACUGAUACUUUAGGUUCUGCCGGUUUCCAAAUUAACUCGAUGAACCCCUGUGAAGUUGGGCUGGCUUCUAUAUGCGAAGGAAAUGUCGAAAGCGUGCUUCGACUUUUGCAAACUUGGUCUCUUGCUGUAAGUGCUGCAACAGCUGAAAUUGCAAGUUUCGGCGGUUGGCUUGCUGCAUCGACGGGAUCCGAGCCGAUGCGCGGAUUUAACGAAAGCGACCUUAUGGUUCUCAGCUAUGGACAGCCUGAGAAACCACUGCAAAAGGACGAUAUUCUAAUCAAUUACGCGAAUGGUGUCUUUUUGCGGAAUCGUCUCGGUGAUAGAGGCGCUAGAGAGGGAUGGGAACUCUCCUUGGAGGUGCUGAGUCGCCUUGAUGAUCAGGAGAUAAUGAGGACCAAGGUCAGGGAGCUGAUGGACAAGGUAUCCCUGGAUACAGCCGAUAAAAUGGACAAGGCUGUGGUUUUGUGUGCAGAAGUGGGCUUCAGUGAUGAAGGCAGGCGAGUGUCAGAGCGAUACGGUGAUCAAGUGGCUGAAGUGUCUGAGAAUUAUGGAACUGCCCUGAUAUGCUAUGCGCGUGCCCACUGCUCUCGGAAGAUUAAGAAUGUGAUUGACCUACUCACAUCCUUCUGCCUUAUACAAUCUAGGGCCUAUCCAGCAAAGGGUCAGCUCGACGAUCAGCUUCGUUCGCUUCUUUAUGAUCCCUCUACCGCGUUGUCUGCCAUUGCAUCCGUGGACGCGGAGGGAGCUGCUAUGCUUCAGUUUUACUUCAGCAGUUAUGCCACGCUACGAUCUUACUACGAAAUCCGAGAUGAGGAAGCCAAUUCCGAUUCAGACAACGUGCCUAGGCAUCGUCCACUCGCACGAAAACGGGAAGCUGCGAGGGCCUUGGUGGCUGUUAUCCGAAGUGCGGCUGACAGCAUCUAUGGUGGUUUGUAUGACCCAGACAGGCAAUCCGCCGCCCAGGUUGAUGGGCUACUCGUCUUGCUUGGCGAAGCACUAGCGCUUCUUGACCCCAAUCCCAACCAAUUUUUGAACACUGAUCAGCAACUUACUAUUCUUGCGGCAAUUGAAGACCUUCAAACCGUUACUGAGCGAGUAUAUGAGCAGUGUGAAGCAUGUCUUCAGUCCGCUUUAUACCACCGCCUGCAUUUCGACGAAGGAAACGAUACCGGGGCUGGCAACUCAUUCACUAAUUCGGGGCCGUCAAUGUCCGCCUUCUUUGCCACAUCACCCCAAAAGCUACUGAAGAAAUCCAUCUCAUCUACGACCUUGACGAGCGGGUUCACUCUCAUUGGCAGCGAGAUGUUGGAAGGCUCACAGUCGAUCAGCGGAUCUAGGGAGAUGGGUGAUUCUGGCUUCCUUGUUCCCAGAUCAGGAGUGUCUGGCAGCAAGAGCAAGGGCAAAGACAGCCAGAAUGACGUCCAACGAAUUCAACGCGGAUGGGAUUGGAGAGACAAGGCUCCCGAAGGCGUCAAAGGUGAAGAUAUAUUAAAAAAGCUUAGGCUAUUGCUUGCUCGUGGGAUAGCUUUUGGCGCAUUGGAUGGUGGUGUGAUAUAG